ACUUUUACUGACCAAGAUGCCAAACCUUCAUUCAGCAUGUCCCAUCUGGACAGCAGCAGUAAUCCUGAUCUGUCUCUGAGGGGAUAUUUUUGUCCACAGUGCCACGCCAAGUACACUGAACUUCCUGUGGAGUGUAAAGUCUGUGGUUUGACUUUGGUGUCUGCUCCCCACCUGGCCAGAUCCUUCCAUCACCUCUUUCCCCUCAAAGAUUUUGUAGAGAGUCCAGUAGAGGAUCUUCAGGGGAACAGGUUCUGCCAGACGUGUCAGAUGGAGCUCAUAGAGAGAAGUCUCUGCUGGUCUCACACGGUCCUCUCCCCCGGAGCCAAGACGGGCAGGCGUCAUCUUCCCGGCUCCGAGCUCAGCUGGUGA